AAUUGAAUUUGGCCACCUUAUCUCUCCUAUAUAUGGUAGUAUCAUUACCAAUUAUCUCUCAUCACAGAGGAUUACAUAAGAAAUGGCUUCCUCGCUUAACGUCAUCGACGUGUCAAGAAUCACCCCUGCUGACUCGUCCGGUACACUCAUUCUCCCCCUCACUUUCUUCGACCUUCUCUGGUACAAACUCCACCCCGUCGAACGAGUCAUCUUCUACCGAUUCACCGAUGCAACUCGCCCUUUCUUUGACUCAGCCAUCGUCCCCAAUCUCAAGUCCUCUCUCUCCUCAUCCCUCUCUCACUACCUCCCACUCGCCGGGAAACUCGUCUGGGACACACUCGGCAAGAAACCAAGCCUCGUCUACUCCCAAAACGACGCCGUUUCAUUCACAGUCGCAGAGUCGAACGCUGAUUUCUCACUAUUAACCGGACAGAAACCUUUCCCCACCACAGAGCUGUACCCGCUGGUGCCUGAGUUACAAAUCUCCGACGACUCGGCCUCAGCCGUGUCGUUUCAAGUCACGCUGUUCCCAAACCAAGGGUUCUGCAUCGGCGUAAGCGCACACCAUGCCGUUCUUGACGGGAAAACGACAACCAUGUUUCUCAAAUUCUGGGCCGACAAAUGCAAACGCCAACAAGACCAAACGGUAAACACUUCCUUACCGCAGGAUCUGUUCCCCCUUUACGAUCGUACGGUCAUAAAAGAUCCAAACGAUAUCGAAACAGAGGUUUUGAACCGGUGGAGCUCUUUACUCAAAGCUUUCUCCGGCGGUAAAGAACCAGACAACCCCAAGAGCUUAAAGAUUCUUCCGUCGCCCGAGCUAAGUCCAGACGUCGUCCGGUUCACUCUGGAACUCACUCGUGAAGAUAUCCAAACGCUUCGUGAGCGACUCAAGAGAGAGUCCUCUGCUUCAACGUCACCUAAAGAGCUGAGAUUGUCGACGUUUGUAGUUACGUAUUCGUACGCGUUAACGUGUAUAAUCAGAGCUCGUGGCGGUGACCCGAGCAGACCGGUCGGGUACGGGUUCGCGGUGGAUUGUCGGAGCCUUCUUGAUCCGCCGGUCCCGUCGAAUUAUUUUGGUAACUGCGUUUCGGCGAAGUUUAAGAUACCGUUAAAGGCGGAGACGUUUUUGGGUGAAGAAGGGUUUUUAACUGCUGCGAGAUAUGUUAGCGAUUCGGUUGAGGAGUUGGAUGGGACUGUUGCGUUGAAGGUUCCGGAGGUUUUGGCAGCGCUUCUGGCUAUCACACCAGAAAUGCAGGUUAUGUCUGUUGCCGGGUCGACCCGGUUUGGGGUGUACGGGUUGGAUUUCGGGUGGGGCAAACCGGAGAGAGUUUUAGUUGUGUCGAUCGAUCAAGGCGAAGCGAUAUCUAUGGCAGAGUGUAGCGAUGGGAAUGGUGGAGUGGAGGUUGGCUUCUCGCUCAAGAAACACGAAAUGGAGGCUUUGAUUGAUUUGCUUAACGACGGAUUAAGACAAUAAAGUGCUUUUCCUUUUAUUCGGAAAAAUGAAUAAUAAAAUUAUCUUCAACUGA